UCAGCUCAGAUUUCCUCGGAUCGGCGGGAGCGCGCACAGCGGGGCGGAACAUGACGCGUCGUGAACGCGCUCCCGCUCGUCUCGCGGUCCAGCGGAGCAGAGCGCGCAGAGGAGCUGCAGCUUCAGACACGACGAUCCGAGCAUGUUGUCGUGAUCCAGGAUGGACGACCCGAUCAACAGCAGCUUCCUAGACUACGAGGUUCCCGUGGAGGAGAUUCCCGACACCACGCAGGGCCCAGCCUUCUUCGGGGCCACCAUCAUCAUCGCCGUGGUCCUGGUGGUCAUCAUGCUGGUGUGCGGCGUCGGAAAUUGCCUGUUCAUCGCUAGCCUGGCCCGCUACAAGCAGCUGAGGAACCUGACCAACCUGCUGAUUGCCAACCUGGCGGUGUCGGACGUGCUGGUGGCGGCAGUGUGCUGUCCCUUCCUGCUCGACUACUACGUGGUGAAGCAGCUGUCCUGGGACCACGGCCUGCUGCUCUGCGCCGCCACCAACUACCUUCGCACCGUGUCGCUCUACGUGUCCACUAACUCUCUGCUGGCCAUCGCCGUGGACAGGUACAUGGCAAUCCUUUACCCUUUGAGGCCUCGGAUGAAGCACCAGACGGUGUACUGCAUGAUCCUGGCGGUCUGGAUCGUCCCCGUCUUCAUCUCAAUCCCAUCCGCCUACAUGGCCUCAGAGACAACGUAUCCUCACCCGGAAGGUCACAGCCAAAAGACGUUCUGCGCUCAGAUCUGGCCUGUGGACCAGCAGCUCUACUACCGCUCCUACUUCCUGCUCAUCUUCGCUCUGGAGUUCGUGGCGCCCGUCAGCGCCAUGGCAGUCUGCUAUGCCCACAUCUCCAGGGAGUUGUGGUUCAAGGAUGUCCCCGGUUUCCAGACGGAGCAGAUCCGGAAGCGGCUGCAGAGGCGGCGCCGGACGGUGGUGGUUCUGAUCCUGGUUCUGGUGGCCUACGUCCUCUGCUGGGCUCCAUACUACAGCUUCACCCUGCUGAGGGACUUCUACCCCACCCUGAUCUCCAGGGACAGGAACUCCCUGGUGGCCUUCUACAUCAUCGAGUGCAUCACCAUGAGCAAUGGUGUCAUCAACACGCUCAGCUUCGUUAGCAUCCGCAGCAACACCAGGCGCCUGAAGAAGGCGGGAAAGUUCCCACCGAGGCUGGUGACGUUUGUCGCCGCCACCAAGUCGGCGGACAAAGGGGAGGCUCGGACAUCCUCCCUCAGAGUGACCGAGGACGUGGACGGAACCCAUUUCAGGUAGAACCAAAGGAGGGAUGAGAACCUGACAGAACCAACCACAGAUCAGAUUACUGGACAGAAAGUUAGAACCUCCGAAUGAAAUGCUCUGAUCAACAGUAUUCACCUCUUUGGAAGGUUCCCCUUCAGUACUUCACAACACUAAUAGGGUCCUUUGGUCAAAACACCAAAUGAAGACUCUUUGAUGUCAAAGUGAAAACAGAUUUCUACAAAGUGAUGUUAAAUAAUUCAAAUAUAAAAUAAGUUGAUUGCAUAAGUACCCCCCUCUUUAAAGUGACUAACUCAGAGCAGCCAGUUGGUUCUAGAAGUCAUUAAUGGAUGAUCUGAGGUCAGUGGUUGUAGAAUAAAGACUCCUGGAUCUGGAAGGACCAGUCUCUGGUGGAUCAGAACUCCUGGAUAGAAGUACACCAUGAAGACUAAAGAACCAAGAAACUCUGAGAAAAGGUUGUUGGAAAGCAUCAUUGAUACAUCAUCAGCCUGGAAAUGUAAAAACAGAAGGAUCACUGGAUUUCCUACUUUCUGACCGUCUUUGAAUGCACCCUGUGUACCUUUCAAGGCCUUUUCCAUGGACCUGGUUCUGUUUGAGUUUAGGAACCUCAUGUUGACCUGCUACAACCCUGACAGGUCGGUUGGUCGCCAGCUGGUGUUUCCGAUUUAAAACGGACAAAAAUCUGUGAACAAAAAGCUUCAAUAUUUUAUUUGUCUUUCUUCCUGGUGUUCUGUGGAAGAUCCAGAACCAGGUCACGUAGAUCUGCUGGACACCACGAUGUCCAACAUCCUGCUUGGUUCUGGUUCUGUUGUUGUUCUACAGCUGCGCCUCAGAAUUUUUUAUCAAAACGUUAAAGACCUAAAAGUGAAUAAAAUUUUGGUUUUAACCUCAGAAUUCUUUUUA